AUCACAAUGCCGGAGGUAUACACUGUGAAGGUGGAAGAAGCAAGGCCAGCAACUCAUGAAAAGCCAUCAGCAGGUCCUGUCUUUAGGUGCAUUUAUGCCAAAGAUUCUCUCUUGGACUUGCCUUCUCAUUUUCAAUCUCCAUGGGACUUCUUCAGGGACACUACAAUAAGGUGCCCCGGCAAUCCAAUGCUGGGUCGGCGUCAAAAAACAGAUUCUAAGCUGAAUUUGCAGGUGGGUCCCUAUGAAUGGCUUACAUAUCAGGAGGCUUAUGAUGCUGCCAUCCUAAUGGGUUCCGCCAUGAAGAGCCGUUGUGUCAAUCCUGGAGACCGUUGUGGCAUAUAUGGAUCCAACUGCCCUGAAUGGAUAAUUGCAAUGGAGGCUUGUAAUAGCUAUGCAGUAACAUAUGUCCCAUUAUAUGACACCCUCGGUCCUAAUGCCGUGGAAUUUAUCAUCAACCAUGCUGAAGUUUCCAUAGCAUUUGUACAGGAUAACAAGAUUCCAUCUAUCUUGUCAUGUCUUGAUCGGUGUUCUUCAUAUAUUAAAACUAUUGUGAGUUUUGGUAAUGUUUCAACCUCACAAAAGAAGGAAGCUGAGGAACUUGGUGCAUGCUGCUUCUCGUGGGGAGAGUUUCUCCAGUUGGGAAAUCUGGAUUGGGAUCUACCUUCAAAAAAGAAGACUGACAUCUGCACAAUCAUGUACACCAGUGGAACAACAGGCGAACCCAAAGGUGUCAUUAUUAAGAAUGAAGCUUUCAUGACCGAAGUGUUGUCUGUGGAUCAAAUAAUUCUUUUAACAGACAAAGCGGCAACACAAGACGAUGUGUACUUCUCUUUUCUUCCUCUUGCUCAUGUAUAUGACCAGAUAAUGGAGACCUAUUGCAUUUACAAGGGCUCCUCAAUUGGAUUUUGGCAAGGCGAUGUCAGGUUCUUAAUGGAAGAUGUUCACGCACUGAAACCAACUAUAUUUUGUGGCGUUCCUAGGGUUUAUGACCGCGUUUAUGCUGGUAUCAAAAGCAAACUUUCAUCUGGAGGAGCAAUGCGAAGUGCAUUGUUUCAGUAUGCAUAUAACUACAAGUUGGGAUAUCUGGAGAAGGGUCUUCCACAAGACAAAGCAGCACCUCUGUUUGAUAGGCUUGUGUUUGAUAAGAUAAAACAAGCAUUAGGUGGACGAGUUCGUCUCCUUACAUCAGGAGCUGCUCCUUUGCCUAGGCAUGUGGAGGAGUUUUUGAGGGUCACUUUUGGAUGUACUCUGUCCCAAGGAUAUGGUCUUACCGAAAGUUGUGGCGGGUGUUUCACUGCAAUAGCCAAUGUGUUUUCUAUGAUGGGAACUAUUGGAGUCCCCAUGACAACCAUUGAGGCCAGGCUUGAAUCUGUGCCAGAUAUGGGAUAUGAUGCACUUUCCAGUGAACCCCGUGGAGAAAUUUGCCUGAGAGGGAAUACCUUGUUCUCUGGUUACCACAAGCGUCAAGAUCUCACGGAAGAGGUCCUGGUUGAUGGUUGGUUUCAUACAGGUGAUAUUGGAGAAUGGCAGCCAGAUGGAGCCAUGAAAAUUAUUGAUAGAAAAAAGAAUAUCUUUAAAUUGUCUCAAGGAGAAUAUGUUGCUGUGGAGAAUAUUGAGAACAAAUAUUUGCAGUGCCCUCUUAUAACAUCCAUUUGGGUCUAUGGAAACAGUUUUGAGCCUUUCUUGGUGGCAGUUGUGGUCCCUGAAAGAAAGGCCCUUGAGGAUUGGGCAGUGAAGCAUAAUUUGACUGAUGAUUUUAAAUCUUUAUGUGAAAAUCUGAAGGCAAGAAAAUACAUUUUGGAUGACCUCAACAGCACUGGUAAGAAACACCAGCUUAGAGGCUUUGAGCUGCUAAAAGCAGUUCAUCUGGAACCAAUUCCCUUUGACAUGGAGAGAGAUCUAAUCACUCCAACAUUCAAAUUGAAGAGGCCACAAUUGCUCAAGCACUAUAAGGAUCAUGUUGAUAAACUAUACAAGGAAGCAAAGGGAGCGAUGGUGAGAGCCAAGUGACAAGCGGGAAUUUUAUAUGCAAUUGUAUUGAUUUCUGGCAGUUUCCUCAUAAUCCAUUCUGAAUUUUUGUACAUUUUGGUUCAUUAUCUAUUGAAUGAAGUGAAAAGCCAUGAACAAAGCUUGAAGUAUAUUGAAAUAAAAUCUCGGU